UUUGUCUCUUGCCUCAGAUGAUACAGAUAAUGACAUCAGGGAAAUACCCCAUCCUUGCCCAUUUGGAAAAUACCGACGGAGCAUGCAGACCCUUAUACCCUUCCGCUGUUCCUCACCAGAGUCCCACGCUGUAGAUAAUGCAGGUUUAAUAUCAUUUUCAGUCUUUCUGUGGAUGAUCCCCAAAAUGUGGGCCAUGUUCAAGAAUGAGCUGGAUACAUCCGACCUACACCUGUCUCCUUUUGAUGUAGCAGACAUUAACGCAAAAAGGCUCCAGAGGCUAUGGAAUGAAGAAGUGGCAAGGAGAGGCUUGGAGAAUGCCUCACUGAUUCGGGUGACUCUUCGUUUUCAAAGAACUAGACUGAUUCUGUCCACCCUCGUCUCCAUUCUUGCCAUGGUGGCGGCCUUUUUGGGGCCGGCGGUCGUCGUUUAUAAGAUCUUGGACUACGUUUGCGACCCAGGAGAAACCAGUGGUGUUGGUUUGGCCUUUGCUUUGUUCACCACAGAGUUGCUCAAAACUUCCAUGAUAUCCUUGCAGUGGGCAUUAACACUGCGUACGGCCAUCAGACUGAAAGGUGCCUUAUGCUCUUUGGGCUUCCAGAAAGUCACAUCUCUGCAAGUACUUGGCGACAUGUCAAACGGAGAGAUUCUUAAUAUUUUGACCAAUGUUGGACACACGGUUUUUGAGGCAGUUGUGAAUGGGAGCUUUGUGAUGUCCACCCCUGUACUCCUUGUUGCGGGCACUUGUUAUGCCUGGAACAUUCUGGGCUACACCGCAAUUAUUGGAGUCCUCAUCUGCAUCAUCUGUAUUCUCAUUCAACAUCUCUUGGCACAUCUCACAAAUGUAUUCAAGACAAAAGCAAUGGUAAUAAAAGACAAACGUGUUCAUGCAAUGACUGAGAUUCUCAACAGCAUUAAGCUAAUCAAGAUGUAUGCCUGGGAAGAUUCUUUUGAGAUGAAAAUUGUAGAGUUGAGGAAACUUGAAAAGAAACUAGUACAGAAAAUCCUUGAAAUCCAGAGUAUUAAUGGCAACUUGAACAUGGCCAUCAACACCAUUGCCACUGUUUUCACCCUUCUCAUCCACACUUUGUUGGGGUUGCCACUGAAAACAUCUGAUGCUUUUACUGUUGUUGCCAUCUUCGCCUCCAUGAGGUUCACCUUUGCUGUCAUGCCGGUUGCUGUGAAGGCGCUCACCGACGCUUUUGUGUCACUAAAACGAUUUAGGAAACUCUUACUCAUCCAGAAUCCUGAGCCUUACCUGACGCAGAUAGCAGGCAGUAAUUCUGCUGUAGUGAUGAGAAAUGCUACACUUUCAUGGACCAAACGCAGCCAGUCAGAGUCACCGCCCAGAGCAGCUAAUGAGGUCACGGAACACAAUAUGGACGUGACUUCUCCGAAUGAAAAUGUUGAGACCUUACCAACCCUCAGAAACAUCUCUUUUACACUACCCAAGGGAAAACUGCUUGGUGUUUGUGGGAAUGUGGGAAGCGGAAAGACGUCACUGAUUUGCAGCAUUUUGGAACAGAUGCACCUUCUUCAGGGCUCCGUCACAGCUGAUGGGACAUUUGCGUACGUUUGCCAGCAGGCCUGGAUUUUUCAUGGAACUGUUCGAGAAAAUAUUCUUAUGGGGGAACCUUUUGAUCAGGCCAGAUAUGACAGAGUUGUAGAUGUCUGUAGCCUCAGAGCUGACCUAAGCAUCCUGCAAUAUGGUGACCAAACUGAGAUUGGAGAGCGGGGUCUAAAUCUAUCAGGGGGACAGAAGCAGAGAAUCAGCCUGGCAAGAGCAGUGUAUUCCAACAGGGACAUUUUCCUCCUUGAUGACCCACUAUCUGCUGUUGAUGCUUAUGUGGGGAAACACAUUUUUGAAGAAUGUAUAAAGAAAGAGCUGAGAGGAAAAUCCGUCAUACUGGUUACACAUCAGCUCCAGUAUUUAGAGUUCUGUGAUGAGAUCCUGGUUCUGGACAAUGGAACGGUAUCGGAGUCUGGAAACCACAGGGAUCUGAUGAGAGCCGAUGGACGCUAUACUCAGCUCAUCAGUACCUACCAGAUGGGAGAGUCCAAAACCAAGAAAAAGAAAGCUGGGGCACUAGCAUCAUUUAUUGAUGGCCAGUUGGACGAGAUUGACCUCGGACAUUGUGCAAGCACUGGCACUGAGAAUCCUGCCGCUGUCCCAGCUGGUAAUCGGCUAGUGAGUCAGGAGUCCUCUACAAAAGGUGCCAUCUCCUGGAGAAUAUACCGCACAUACUCCCAGGCACUUGGAGGCUACACAGUUUCCUUCAUUAUCCUCCUGAAUAAGCUCCUGUUGGCAGGAUCCUCAGUCUUCAGCAAUUGGUGGUUCAGCUUCUGGAUGGCAAGUGGUGAUGGGUCAUCCAGUAACACAACUGCAGUCCAGGGAGAAAUCUCUCAAAAUCCACACCUUCACUUCUACCAGGUUAUUUAUGCUACAACAGCGGUUGUCAUUGUUGUACUUUCCAUUGUGGACAUCAUAAUCUACACUUAUUUCACCUUGAAGGCCUCCUGCAAAUUCCAUGACAUGCUGUUCAGAAAGAUCAUUGAUAGUCCAAUGAGUUUCUUUGACACAACUCCAACGGGCCGACUUCUAAAUCGUUUCUCUAAAGAUCAAGACGAAGUGGAAAUGGUCCUUCCUCUUGUCAUGGGCUCUUUCUUACGUGUAUUCCAGAGGAGUAUACGUCAUAUGAAGAAUCUAGAAAACAUCAGUCUCUCUCCAUGGUUCUCUCUAACCACCUCAACUUUGCAUGGCCUCAGCACCAUCCAUGCCUAUAGUAAAAGAGACAGCCUUAUAGAACAGUUCAAUAUCUUGACUGAUAUCAACUCCAAAUACCUUUUCAUGUUUAAUGCUGGCACACGUGCAUUCACCUUCUGCCUGGAAUUAAUGGCUGCUACUACGACGCUGUUUGUGGCUCUCUUUGUAGUGCUCAGCAGUAAUGACUUAAUCAGUCCAUCCUUGAAAGGCCUCGCGAUAUCCUAUUCCUUGCAGUUGACAGGCAUGCUUCAACUUGUAGCCAGAUUCUCGAUAGAAGUGGAAGCAAGAUUCAACUCAGCGGAACGGCUCCAGGAAUAUGUCACGGAUUGUAAGUCUGAGGCUCCCAGGCAUGUUAAGGAGACUCAGAUCCCACAGGACUGGCCUAGCAGUGGGGGCAUCACCUUCGUAGACUAUAAGAUGAGGUACAGAGAGAAUGCACCAAUUGUCCUGAACGGCAUUGAUUUCCACAUUCAACCUGGAGAGAAGCUGGGGAUCGUGGGAAGGACUGGCUCUGGAAAAUCGUCUUUAGGAGUAGCUCUAUUUAGACUUGUGGAGCCUGCAGCAGGAACCAUACUGAUAGAUGGGGUGGACAUCAUGUCCAUUGGCCUGCAAGACCUGCGUAGCAAAUUGUCUGUGAUUCCUCAGGACCCUGUGCUAUUUGUUGGUACAGUCAGGUACAACUUGGACCCCUUUAAUAAAUACAGUGAUGAGGAGAUCUGGGCAGCGCUUGAGAAGAGCUACAUGAAGGACUCGAUUUCAAAGCUGGAGGGGAAGCUUGAAGCGCAUGUUAUGGAGAAUGGAGAAAACUUCUCUGUAGGCGAGAGACAGCUGAUCUGUAUGGCUAGAGCUUUACUCCGUAACUCCAAGAUCAUUCUUUUGGAUGAAGCCACUGCCUCCGUAGAUGCAGAGACAGAUGCUCUGAUCCAAAACACCAUCCAAGAAGCCUUACGUAAUAGCACUAUGCUCACAAUAGCUCAUCGGAUCAGCACUGUGGUGCAAGCAGAUCGUAUUUUGGUCAUGGACAAUGGACAGGUGGCAGAGUUGGAUGAUCCAAAUACACUGAAGCAACAGCCAUUCUCUAUGUUCUCAUUACUGCUGACUGCUUCAAACACUGUAAAUUUGUGAAACAAAGUAAACCUUGAAACCAAAGAACAUCUGUGGAGUAGGCACAUGUAUUUAGAUUACUAUUUUAAUGACUAUUCUGUAUUUUUAAAAAUGUUAAUUAUUCUAUU